UCAAAAAUUCAAGAUAGUUUAAUAAUUCCACAGAAUUAUCUUUGAGGUACGAUCUAGAUAAUUCCGCUGGUUAGCCAGGUUAUGUUAUCUUAAGACUUUGAAUGGUGAAGUGCAAUGUCAAAAAGCCGAUAAUAAACUCUAAAAAGUAACAACAAAUACUCUCAUGUUAUGUUUUGGGAUAAAAAGACUGAAAAUUCAUUCUCGACAUCUUCAAAUGCAUCGAUGGAGCUGAGUAAUUGGCGCCACAAAACAAUUAAUUCCAAAUUUAUUCCUCUCUGCUCCCCUUGGAGGGAUUGAACCAUGGAAUCUCGCUGGAAAUUAAUUCGUCCCAAAUAUUUACUAAUUGGAAUUCUAAUUACUUUCUUCAUAACAUGCCUUAUCAGCACUCUGCCAUUUACGACCGAUAAAUGUAUAUGUGAUGAUUCUGAUCGAUCAAAAAGAGAUUCAACCAAUGUGCCAGAACCCUUGAGAAAUCUCCACAGAUUAGCUGUACUCGUGCCCUUUAGAGAUCGAUUUGAGGAGCUGUUGACGUUUGCUCCUCACAUGAAACGAUUUUUACAUAAACAAAAUAUUGAUUAUAGAAUAUUUAUUCUCCACCAGGUGGACAGAUUUAGAUUUAACAGAGCAUCUCUGGUGAACGUCGGAUUUCUGCACGUGAGGAAUGAAUUCGAUUACAUCGCGAUGCAUGAUGUCGACUUAUUACCAUUGAAUGACAAUUUAUCGUACGGUUAUCCUGAUGCUUCACCUCUUCACGUAUCAGCACCUGAUCUACAUCCACGAUACCAUUAUUCUACGUUUAUCGGAGGAAUUUUACUGAUCAAAAGAGAACAUUUCAUUCAAGUCAAUGGAAUGUCGAAUAAAUACUGGGGAUGGGGUCUAGAAGAUGAUGAGUUCUACGUGAGAUUGAAAGAAGCUAAUUUGAUGGUGCGAAGACCACAGAAUAUUUCUACUGGCACGCAGAAUACAUUUAGGCACAUUCACGACAAGAAUCACCGGAAAAGGGACACAACAAAGUGCUUCAAUCAGCGUGAAGUGACGAGAAAACGUGAUCGAGAGACAGGACUCGAUAAUGUCUCGUACAAACUUCUCGAAGUCAUCAAUGUAACGAUAUCUGACUCUCCACUUGCAAUAUUAAAUAUCGAACUCUUGUGUGAUAAAGAAUUAACCCCGUGGUGUGAGUGUGUCAAGACGAAUGAGAGUAAAGAUAAAAAAAUUGUGGGUGAGAAUAAAAAAUCUUCAUUGUAAUAAAAUAUCAGAAUUCGUACCAAAAU